UUCCACAUUCUCUUGCCUUCCUUCUCGCUCGCCGUAGUUUGUUCCAAGAUGGCGGCGGCCGGUGACGUGCCGGUCCGGGUUUGCAAUCAGGAGAUUGUCAAAUUCGACCUGGAGAUUAAAGCCGCCGUGCAGGAUAUCCGGGAUUGUACAGGACCUGUAAGUGUACUUGCAGAAUUAAAUGCAAAAGUAAAAGAAAAAUUCCAGCAUGUACGUCUCCGAAUACAAGAACUUGAACAGAUGGCUAAGGAGCAAGAUAAAGAAUCAGAAAAACAAAUAUUACUCCAAGAAGUAGAGAAUCAUAAAAAGCAAAUGCUCAGCAAUCAGACAGCCUGGCGUAAGGCAAACCUAGCUUGCAAAAUUGCAAUUGACAAUUCUGAGAAAGAUGAAUUGCUGCGAGGAGGAGAUCCUUUACGACAAAGAAAGUCUACUAAGGAAAGCCUGGCAGAGGGAGCAAGUAACAUCACAGAGAGCCUGAUGGGAAUUAGCAGGAUGAUGUCUCAGCAGGUUCAGCAAAGUGAAGAAGCCAUGCAGUCUCUAGUUAAUUCUUCACGAACUAUCUUGGAUGCCAAUGAGGAGUUUAAAUCCAUGUCUGGAACAAUACAGCUGGGGCGAAAGCUUAUUACAAAGUAUAACCGCAGGGAGCUGACUGAUAAAUUGCUCAUCUUUCUUGCCCUUGCCUUGUUUUUGGCCACUGUGCUUUACAUCUUGAAGAAAAGACUAUUUCCAUUUUUGUGAAAGGAGGAAGUGUGACUGUGAGGAAAAAAGAAAGGCAAUAUAUUGCAGAAAGACUUCUGACAGAAGAGACUUCCAUUAGGCAGAACUUUACAUUGUACUAGUAAGCUAAAUGAGCAGCAGAUUAGAACAAGAGGAAAAAGUGUGCUUGUUUGCUCUGAGGCUGGAAGGCUGUAUCAUUCUGUGAGGCAUAUUCCAACAUCCCCCAUCUUUGGCCAUUUCUACUCCUUUUCUCAGUUCAGUACAGAACUGAGAGGACUGGAAGAAUACUAAUACAAAUAAGGUUUAUAUAUUAUUUUAGAUAUAUUGUAUACUAUACCACGUGGAUGCCAGUACUGUGAAAAUUUUAUAAAUUAAAUGAAGCAAAGUGUA